CUCGCACUCCCGCUCGGCCGCCCGACCGCGCGCUCGCCCCGCCGCUCCCGCCGCAGCCCGAGGGCCCCUCGCCGCCGCCACCAUGGACGCCAUCAAGAAGAAGAUGCAGAUGCUCAAGCUCGACAAGGAGAACGCCUUGGAUCGAGCCGAGCAGGCGGAGGCCGAUAAGAAGGCGGCGGAAGACAGGAGCAAGCAGCUUGAGGAGGACAUCGCGGCGAAGGAGAAGCUGCUGCGGGUGUCGGAGGACGAGCGGGACCGGGUGCUGGAGGAGCUGCACAAGGCGGAGGACAGCCUCCUGGCCGCCGACGAGGCCGCCGCCAAGCUGGAAGAUGAGCUAGUGUCGCUGCAAAAGAAACUCAAGGGCACUGAAGAUGAACUGGACAAAUACUCCGAGGCUCUCAAAGAUGCCCAGGAGAAGCUGGAGCUGGCAGAGAAAAAGGCCACCGAUGCGGAAGCCGAUGUAGCUUCUCUGAACAGACGCAUCCAGCUGGUUGAGGAAGAGUUGGAUCGGGCCCAGGAGCGUCUGGCAACAGCUUUGCAGAAGCUGGAGGAGGCCGAGAAGGCGGCAGAUGAGAGUGAGAGAGGAAUGAAGGUCAUUGAGAGUCGAGCCCAAAAGGAUGAAGAAAAAAUGGAAAUUCAGGAGAUCCAACUGAAAGAGGCCAAGCACAUCGCUGAAGAUGCCGACCGCAAGUAUGAAGAGGUGGCCCGCAAGCUAGUCAUCAUUGAGAGUGACCUGGAACGCGCAGAGGAGCGGGCUGAGCUCUCAGAAAGCAAAUGUGCCGAGCUUGAAGAAGAAUUGAAAACUGUGACGAACAACUUGAAGUCACUGGAGGCUCAGGCCGAGAAGUACUCACAGAAGGAAGACAAAUAUGAAGAAGAGAUCAAGGUCCUUUCUGACAAACUGAAGGAGGCUGAGACUCGGGCUGAGUUUGCGGAGAGGUCAGUAACUAAAUUGGAGAAAAGCAUUGACGACUUAGAAGAGAAAGUGGCUCAUGCCAAAGAAGAAAACCUUAGUAUGCAUCAGAUGCUGGAUCAGACUUUACUGGAGUUAAACAACAUGUGAAAACCUCCUUAGCUGCGACCACAUUCUUUUGUUUUGUUGUUUUGUUUUGUUUUUUAAAACCUGCUUACCAUGAAACCUCUUAAAUGCAUUUUUAUUUACUUUUACCACUGUCACAGAAACAUCUGCAAAGUACCAUGUCAGGGUGAUGAUGGUUUAAAUGUGCCAUUUCCCAGGUUGAUGUUGCCACACUUUGUAGAGAGUUUAGCAAUACAGUAUGCUUAGUCAGUGUAGGAGUCCUCACUAAAGCAGACAGAUUUCCAUGCGAAGUGCCAACAAUGGAGGGAACAGGAAGAUUAAUGUUGGAAACACAAUCAGGUGUGGAUUGGUGCUACUUUAAACAAAAGGUCCCCUGUGGUCUUUUGCUCAAUAUUGUACAAUUUAGAACUCUGUCCAACACUAAUUUAUUUUGUCUUGAGUUUUGCGAUGAGACUAUGGAUCCCGCAUGCCUGAAUUCACUAAAGCCAAGGGUCUGUAAGCCACGCUGCUCUUUUAAGACUUCCAUUCCCUUCUCAUUGGCACACUUGCAGCUCACUGCAGCUCCAUAGGGUAACAGUCGAUGUGGAUUUCCACUCUUCAUGUCUCCAUGUCAAAGUGAAAGAUUUAGGCACUACAUGAAUUGGUAAAGAGCAUUUUCUUAAGAGUUAAAACUAUAUGUAAACAUUGUAUAAUGAUAUGGAAUAAAAUGCACAUUGUAGGACAUUUUCUAAA